AUGCCAUCUUCAGCAAUGAAGGAAAUUGAAUAUUUAUCAACAGAAUUGAUUAAAAACAGCAAGCCAGUGACAUAUCACAAAUUCUCAAGAGAACUAAAUUUAUCUAUCAACAAAUCAAAAGAGAUUUUAUAUGAUUAUUAUCAAAAAAACAAAUUAAAAUUAACUGCAUCAUUUAUAAUAACGGGUUUAGACAAAGAAGAUAAAAGGGCGAUUAAAUUAUGUUCAGAUGAAUCACAAUUAGAUGAGAAUGUUGCUAAAUUUAAGCUGGUCUCAGUUAUACACGUAUAUUGUUUAAUUUCGAAAGAUAUACAGUUAACAAAUUCAGAAAUUGCGGCAGAAGAAGUAAAGUAUAAAAGUGAUUUAAGUUUAAUUAAAACAUAUGAAAAGAAUGGUAUCAUAAUUGGACCAGAAAUCAAGCAGGAAAUAAUUAAAAAAAUUGAUAUAAAACAACCUACUGCUCCAGUUAUAGAAAUUAAGAAAGAACAACCAAAGAAAGAAAUUAAGAGUAAUAGAUUAUCAUCUGGUUAUGUAUCUAGAAAAGUAUCAGCUGCAAAACCAUCAUUAUCAAAUCAUUAUAAAUCUAGAAAACCAUCAGCAGAAUCAGCUUCAUCAAUUCCUGCCAAAAGACCAUCUACAGAAUCUUCUAAACCCACAUUACAGUAUAAGUCAAGAAAAACAGAACAAAAGAAACCAAAAGACAGAAUAAUAGUUGAUGAUAAUCAAGAUGAUGAGAUGGAAGAAUCAGAAGUUGAACAAAAAGCUACAAGAACAAGUACAAAUGAUUUAGCUAAAAUGUUUGAAGAUGAAGAAACUUUUGAAUUUACAGAUGAUGAUGAAAAAGAACAACAACCACCUAAAUUAGAGUCAAAAAAAGAAGAAAUUCCAGAAGAUGUAGAAAUGAACGAUGUUGAAGAAGAAGAUGAUCAAUUAUUUGUCACAGAAGAGGAAGAAGAAGAAGAAACUGCACAACCGAAAGAACCAGAAAUGACUAAAGAAGUAGAUGAAGAUGGUUAUAUAACAGUUCGUAGAAAACCAAAUCCAGUCACCAAACCACAGUCCAAAAGACCACCUCCUAAAAAAUCUAAUAAACCAGUCAAUGUCACAAAAAAAUCAGACACAAAUAAUAAAAAACAAGCGUCAUUAAUGAAUUUUUUUUCAAAAAAGUAA